GAAAGCCUCUGGCUGUGAUGGCUAAAAUAAGACGGUUUAAUCAUGACUCUGUCUCUAGGCGGUAAUGCAGAUGCGGAUGCCUGAUCUCAACUGGAUGCAAAGGAGGGAGGAUCUCAGACUCGUCCUCCAGCAUAAUCAACAUUCAUUUUUCUGAAGUAGCGUACAUGACGCGAAGAUGCAGCGGCAGACAUGAAAACGCUGACCCUAUAGCCUAUUCUUGAAAACCUCUUCUACAGAUAUAGCAUUGCGAAUCAGUGGAGUUACAACGAAGCAUAGGGGCCUGUAGCCUACUGGACACCCCAUGCUACCCACUUUAAGGACCACAGGGAAAAUCGGACUGACAACUGGCUCAUCUCAGUCUUCCUUUUUGAAUUUUGAAUGAAUUUGGAGCACAACAUAAAAAGAGACAAUAAUCGUGCAUUACUAAUCAGGGUAGGACCAGUAUUUCCAGCUCCCUCCCACGACGUGCCCGGCACAGGACUACAGAAGCAGCGGUACGGCAGCAUCAAGCCAACGCAUAUCUGGAUGGGGGAGAGAACCGUGAUUGCGAGUGUAAUAAAAGGGGGACAGUGAGACCGGGCCACUCCAACCUUAUGCACCGUACGGACGUUUUCCAAUCUGGCGAGCUCAGGACUGAGAGUCAGGUGCAGUGAGGGCGCAUCAAUGAGCGUCUCCUCUCGGGACAGAGAGCUCUGAGCUAUCCAGAUCCGUUGAAAAGACGCGGGCACGCAGGGGAAGAGGCAACGGCGAGUUAGGAAGUUUUGAUGCAUAUGAUCACAACCACCAUGAUUUUCAUGAUCCUUGGUGCCUCUGUUGUAAUGGCGAUAGCGUGUUUAAUGGACAUGAACGCACUACUGGAUCGCUUUCACAACUACAUCUUACCGCAUUUACGAGGAGAGGACCGGGUCUGUCAUUGCAACUGUGGAAGGCACCAUGUUCACUAUGUGAUACCGUACGAUGGCGACCACUCCCUGGUGGACUCGUCGGAGAACUACUUUGUGAGCGACAGUGUGACCAAGCAGGAGAUGGACCUGAUGCUGGGCCUGCUCCUGGGCUUCUGUAUCAGCUGGUUGCUGCUGUGGCUGGAUGGCGCUCUGCACUGCGCCGUCAGGGCCUGGAGGGCCAGUCGCUACUACGACACCCCUUCCUGGUCAUGGCUCCCGCAGUUCUGUAACCUGCGAGACCUGCGCAGACGUGCACAGCUGCGGCAACUCGAGGACUCCAGUGGCAACAUGGUGCACAUCAAGCAGAAGCUCUACCACAACGGUCACCCCAGUCCCCGUCACCUCUGACUCUUGACAGCGUUAUUGCCAAACUGCCCCAUUGCCAACUGCUGCCUCAGAGACCCACUGUCACUGGCCCGACACUGUCAGUACCACCUCCUGGACUCUACGAACCCCCCUCAACACGAUUCAGUAUUUGAAAAAGAAAACGUCAAAAACAAAAAAAAAAACUAAAAAAACUAAAAAAAAAAACCCUCAAGAGGAGAGUUAAUUGCCACCAAAAUUCUAACCUUGUGUCCAUGUCCAAAUAUGUUUGCAGGAACAAAUGAUUUUUAUGGGUCUCUGUUGUACAUUUUUCCCCCUCCUUCAUUUGUUUGUUUGUUGUUGAAAACUCGGCAUGCACUUUUAGAAUGGGGGUUGGGGAACAGGCAGUUUCCAAAUGGGGCAAUGAGACUCGGGUUUCAGGUUUGUUUCUUCCGUCGUUUUUUUUCCUUUUCCUUUUUUAAUUUUCCAUUGAGUUUUUCCAAGAGAGGGUGGGUGACCUUUUUGGGGGAGGGACUAAUAAUUUGGGUCUGGGUGGGUUCCAUGGUUUUGUGAUGGCAUAGUUAGAGAUAACUGCUCUUGUAAAUAAUUAUAAAUAUGGUUU